GUACCUAGGUAGGUAGCGAUUUGCUCCAUUAUUCAAAUCCACAAUUCAAUUGACCGAACUAUUGGAAACAACCUGUUCAAUUCAAUAACCAUCUUGAGUCUUCAUCCUUUCAACCUCUAACAUCCACGAAAAUGACUUCUGGCCUUCCUCCUUCAAACCCAAAUGGUCUCGAGGAUCUUACCAUUGGCAACAAAUCUACAGAAGUACCGUCAAUUCAGCCUCAGACGAAUCAAUCAGGAGAUACCCUGAUAUCCCACGUUACUCCACAUACAAUUCCUGGAGCCGUUACGAAGCAAGGUCCCACCAUUGAAGAUCUUCCCAAUGAACUUCUAGUCAAUAUCUUCAGUCAUUUGGAUAUAGAACCUCCAUCGUAUUCCCAUACGACACUUCAUGAUGAGCCAACCUUGGAAGUUACAAGCUCCGAGAUCCAAGACCUCAAGAAUUGUUCUCUAAUUUCGAAACGAUGGAGACAAGCUACCUUACGUUUACUAUUCAAACACACACGAUAUAUCUUGAAAUAUUCAGAAGAUGAUUGUAGACCAAUUCUCAAUGAUUUGACAGGACCCUUUCGUCAAUUCAUUCGUAAAGGAUCUUUUGCGGAUAUUGUGUCAAGCUUCACCUUGGUAGUUCGGGAGAAAACGAUAUCAAAUUGUCAUGAUGGCCGACCUCGAUUGUGUGAAUUUGAUGGGUUUUGGAAACGACUCUUUAACACGAUUGAUCCGUCGACGGUUUUGAUUGCUGCGCCUGUUGAGGCUCUUGCUUCAUUGACCUCAUCUACCAUUAAUGACGUGGAUUCUUGGGUUUUUGACAUUGAAUGUCACUAUUUGCGAUUGCAAAGACCCGAAUCCAAAGAAUUAGUCCUCACGGAGAUUGAGGUUUUGCCUGAAGAAAAUGGUCCCACCAGAUCUGGCCCUUCAGUUUCUGGGACAUUACAAAACCCAGACUACAAUUUUGACGAUCGCUUGCACUAUAUUUGUCCUGCAGGUCGUGUUUCUGCCAAGUCCUCGGAAUUCUUUCAAAUAAGAUCUUGGACAUCCUUACUCUUAAAUGAAGGAUCGAAUUUAAAGGCCUUCAAAACAGAUUUGUGGUGGGAAUUAGAGACUCCAUCUAUAUUAAGAAGUCUUGUCGGAACUCAAUCAGGUACUUUGCCCUUGAUCAAUCCUGGCAUUCGUGCCAUGAGAUACAUUGCUAUAUUUCCAAUAACAGCUCAAUUCGAAUGUCUCGCCCAAGGAUUGCCAAGACUGGAUCAUUUUUAUUGUCAACUGGUACCACGAAAUGAUGCUUUAGAAGACGAAGAACUAAUGAAGAAGAUUGAUGUGGAGGAUCUAUGGAUGGAGAGAAAUAAUUGUUAUGCUCAAUUAAUGCGAGAAAUGUUCAACAAUCCACCUGAAGCAAAUUACAGAUAUCUCAAGACUUUCGAGUCAGGAGAUGCUGCAGAUACAGAUGCUUGGCAUAUGGCAGUAGAGUUCGUGAAGCGGGCUGGAGGAGGAUGGAAGAUAACAGGUGAUGGAGUAUUUGAGAGAGAUACGGGGAUUGAAGAUAGUUCGUCUGAUGCACCGAACGCUUCGCCAUUUCCGGACGAACUGUAUAGAUGGGCAUGGAAUGGGUUAACCAAUGUACCUGUUUCACCGGUGCUAUGCCAUGUCCGCAAAGCGCCCAAAGGCGAAUAUAUUGAAACCGACACCGGUAACAAAGUCUCCCGUCGUUCCCAAAUAAUCGGCACAACAAACAUUAUCCUCGGUGGUAAAACGGUAAUUCAAGCAGAAGUCAUCAUCCGCGGUGAUUUAUUACGCACAUUACCUCCUAGUACCCAAGGAGAGAAAGCGGGAAACUCAGUUGCGGUUGCGAUUGGGAGAUAUUGUUUUUUCAGUCGCGGGUGUGAGUUGAGACCGCCGGGGAAGAUUUACAGAGGAACUUUCUCGUACUUUCCCCUCAAAAUCGGCGACCAUGUUUUCGUAGGACCCGGCUCGAUAAUCGAAGCUGCGAUGCUUGGGAAUCAUGUUAAUAUUGGUGCGAAUGUUGUGGUGGGAAAGUUUGUGAUAGUGAAAGAUUUUGUGAAGAUUCUGGAGGGGACGGUUGUUCCGCCUAAUAUGGUGAUACCUAGUUUUAGUGUGGUGGGAGGGUGUCCGGGGAGGGUUGUGGGGGAGGUGGCGGAGGGGAGAUUGAGGGGAUGGAUUUGA